UAUCAACCCGGUUUCAUUACCUAAUACAUAUUAUUUACGCGUCUACGAAAUCAUCGUGGGUUGACAAAUUGUCACAUCAAAAUGAACAAAAGAAACUAUGAAAAUAAAUGGAAAUCGGAGAGAGAAAAUAUUCAAGAUUACAAAAAAAAUGGAAAAAUAAUUAAUUCUUCAAAAGUCUUUGCUCGUUUGAGUCAAGUAAAUGAAACCAAGAGUUGUAAUCGAUGUAUACACAAAGAAAAUAUGUCAAAUAAAAAAGAUGAAAUCAAAGAACGCCUAAAGCAGUUAGAUCAAGAAUCCAAAAAGAUACUUAUGCAAAACUUAAAGCAUAAAAGAAAUAAGGAACAAAAUUCCAAACCCUUAACGACAAUUUCUCAAUAUCCUAUUAUUCAGAAUUAUAAACGCGACAAUGUCUUUAACUUAAAAUUAGAUGUUGCCUCAAAUAAUUCCAUUAGAUGCACUGCAGCCAAUACUGAAUCAAAUGAAAGUAAUAUAUUUUCUAAGUCAAAUAAAAGCGAAAACAGCUGCUGUAGGUCGGGAUCAUCAGCAGUAUCCAUUACCAACGACGAGAAGAAACUUGCUAAUUCCCAUUCAUCACUUAAGCUAUUGAUUUUCAAAUCUUUUGUUAGUAAAACAAGGCUUAAAUAUUUACGUUUGAUUAAGCAACAUGUUCAAGAAGCCAAUUCCCAAGAUCUCAGAUUACCAUUUCACUUGAAACCGAGUCCACCCAAAAGAUAUCCAUAUAAUUUCAUAACAGCCGUUAGGCGAAAGUUGCAAACUUUUCUACGAUGUAAAAUGAAUAAUGAAUUUCUAGAAGACAAAGGUUUAUCCCCGAAUAUUUCAGAAUCCAAAUCAACAAGAGGAUGUAAUCGGAGUGGAAAUAUAUCGCAAAAUUCAGAUAACAACACCAUUUCUUCGAGACAUUUCAAGGGACAUAACGAAAUGCUGAUAUCACAAAACACAGAAAUGCUGACCCAAGAAAGCGAAGAAGAUGAGACGACCGUGUCCAGUUCCAUUAUGAAUGGCUCUUGGCAUCAAUCUUCCCCUCAUAGAACUGAGCCACAGCCGAGCAAUGCGGCAUUUCUACAGAGGAAGAUUGAAACAAGGCUGGACGAAAUUGAAACGCGGACAAGUUUAGCAAAGCUUCUUUCUGAUUUCAAUCAGCGUUUGCAAAACGUUAUUGAAAUCAAUGAAAAGUUAAAAUGCAGAAAAUCGAAUGCUUCCGUCAAUCGCAACGACAACAACUCUUUGGGCUCAUCAAAUAAAGUCACUAACAGUGACUUCAAAAGUGAACAAGCAGGAAAAGAUUCCAAGGAAACAGUAUUUUUGAAUUUAUCGCCAACCCAAUCAUUUGCUAGCGAUAAAAAGUUUGAAUCUCCACCAUCAAAAAAGGAAUCAACUCUCCCAAUCUCCACAAGAACAAAUAAGUCUGCAAAGUGUGAUAAUUUUGAUAUGAUUACACAAUCCAGUUUUGAUCUGAGUGAACAAUUAACAAAUAGUGAGAUAAGUAAAGCGGAUCAAUUGAAACUACUUUUAAAAAUCCGCGAGAAGCUACUGGUAGAUCGGGCUAAAAGUAAAAUUGCAUGGCUGGAAUUGCAGAAAGAGCGACUGAAAUCAAAGGGUCUUAAAUUUCAAGUUUCGGCAACAAAAAAGAAACAACGAAGCAUUUUGAUCAAAAUGGAAAAGGAUCUAAAAGAGAUGAAAAGAUUAUUUAAAUCCAAUGAGCAAAGCUCCGAAACGUCCUCAAUGCAAAGUCAAACAGAAAACAUGUCCAGCAAUCGCAGUAAAAUCGAUGAAAAUUCAAAGUCUUCCAAAAUUGCAGCAUUAUCGUUACCAUUAUCGCUGCAAUUUCAGGAUUUAAAAAAGCAACCCGAAAGAAUGCACCACCGAAUGUUACGACUAUUAAAGUAUAUAGAUAAUAGUUUAAUAUAUUUAACCGAAGAUGAAAAUUCCGCACAUGUUGAAUAUGUCUAUACAACGGGAGCCAAAUUAAACAAACUUUGGAAACGUCUAACAAUGCAGAAUGUUGAACAAUUCGAGUCAAUCAAAUGGUAUAAACUAUGCAGAAACGACUUUAAGCAAAUUUAUCAGGAAGCAAAAGUCAUAUUAACCCUCGCAUUUACGGCCAAUAAAGUUUCAAAUAAAUGUAGCAGCUCACAAUCUGGGAAAAUGAAUCUCAAUGUCCUGCACCAAUUGAAACCACAUUUAAAGAGAGAUAUCAAGGACUUAAGUGCAUUUAAAUUUAAUGCACAAAACGACAAACAAUUGAAAAUAGCCAUUAUAAGUACAAAGGAUAUUACAUGGAAUGCAAAUUGUUCUUCCAUUACAAAGUCACUUCAUCGUAUUCAAGGUGGUGAACCAUUUUUCUCUGAAAUGAUUGAAUAUGUUGCAGCUGCGAUAUCUUUCAAUACUCUGCACGCCGAGUCAAUGUUGAACUUAAAGUACUUAAGAGUUAAUGCUAAGCAGCUGAGGGAUUAUAUCCCCAAUACGCAAAUUUUACCAACAGUUUUAGGAUCCUUGAAUAACUCACAAGACAAACAGAAUGUGGAACCAACAAUUAAUGUUGUAACCGAAAUUUGUCUCGAAAGCCAUCAAACUAAACUAAUGUUAGAGCCGAAUUAUAAAUCUAGGCUCAUAGGUGUGGAUCAACCCAUAUACCACAAUGCGAGAAGUUCUGAGCAAGACAAAUAUCUACAAUAUUCCCAGACAGAGAAAAUCGUGGAAAAUGGUAAUGCAAUUAAUUCUAUGUACAUUAGAGAAAUACCAAACAAACCACCGCCGCCAUAUGUGCCUCCAGCUCCAGGUAGUCCUAUGACAACAAUUUUUCCAUCCGAGGAGCGUAUCAGAUGUCUCACCUAUCGUCGUUCUCAUGAACUAUUUUGCAAACUCUCGAAUACAGAUUAUGUGAACGAUAAAGGAGAUCCAUUACCAUCUGUGAUGAGUGAGAAAAUUACAAAUAUUUACGAACGCAUUGUUCUAGAGAUUUGUCAAGAAUGGAUGGAUGAGCAUAAGGAUAUUUUGAAUAAGCGAGAUCCAUGUAACUUUCGCACUUCUCUCUCGCUUUUCAACCCACCGAACCGACUUCGUUCUAUACAAAAUUCUAUAUAUAAGGAUGUGCGUUAUGCUCUAACCAUGGAGAUGAAGUCGUCGAAUCGCAGUCAAUCCCAUCUUAUCUAUGCAAAUAGAGGCAAACGGGAUCACAUUGAAAAAAUAAUUAUUCAAGAACUCUUUGAUGAGGAUCAGCAGUGGGAUACGUUUCACUGCAAUGAAAAUGAAGUUCUUAAACUAAUUAUAGACAGUAUGAUAGAACAGUAUGUGGAACAAAUCGUUGAAGAGUCCUGGAAUAAGGCCAAUGUGCAAUUAUAAUCGAAUAAGUUACGAGUUUCAUAAAUCUGAAUGGAAACAGCAAAAAUAAAAAGAAUCAUGAAUGAUUGUAAA